AUGGGGGACCUGAGCCCCGAUGGAGAACGUCAUAUGUGUCAGCAGGGCGUGUGUGUGGGCGUGGGUCGCCCCUGGGAGGAGCAGGAAGUGUGGGGCGCCUUCCGUCGCUGGCAUAUCCUCUUCCUCUCUGCACUUACCUGCCUGGCCUUCACCGUAUUCUGCUGCUGCGUGUUCAGGUGCCGUGUUCCUAGGACUAAGCAGGAGAUAGAAGCUGACUUCAUAAGGAGGAAGUUGGCCAAGAAGUUCCAUCGUCAACUCAACAUCAUAAACAACUCCGAGAUGGAUGAGAUGGAUCUGCUUAAGGCUCUGGAGCGACUGAGAGCUGAACUGAGAGCUGACUCUGGCAGCCUGGCUCAGUCAGAAGCCUUCUCAACGCUCUCCUUCACACCUACCGGUACCCCCACCUACAGGAAGGGAUCAGAGCUUCACUUAGGUGUGUCGCUGGAGGAGCUGCGCCUGGCCACGGACCAGGUGGGUCCCAUCAACAACCUGAGAGGUCGAGUGUCCAACAUCAUCUCUGGGGCGCUACGCAAGCUUAAGCACUGAACAUCUCCACUCACAGGACUACUACCAGGGCCUACAUAAUGGGCACUUCAGUAUAAACAGAAAUGUUAUCUUAUUAUUAUGCAAAGUA